UGUGGGUACAUACAACUUUCCACGCAUUGUCACUCGAAGUGCCGUUAUUCAUGCGUUUAGCGCACAGUGCAUGCCGAUGGUGACGGUGUUUCAAAGACGCCGCGACCUGCACGCGACUCAGGGACCAUGGAUGAUGGAAAAAGCAGGGAUGGGGAUGAAAUUGAGGUCAAGGUCAUAGAUGAAGGUGACUCCAAAAUUAUUCAAAAUGGUUCGGAGAAAGCUACUGCAAACAGAUCGGAUUCUCAAGCCCCAGACAUGAACAUGAUAACCCAGUCAGAUUCCAGUAUUCAGGAUAUUGACCAAUCAGAAUCUGCCAAUAUGAAUGAAACUGAAGAUGAGCUACCUGAUUAUGAGAACAGACCCAGUGACAAUGAGAAGGGCAUUACGGAAUCACAGGUUUAUGAGGAAACUGCAGCCAGACAAUCAGAUAUUAUCAAAAACCAAUCAGAGGACAGUGCAGAGUUGAGUGUGGAGGAACGUGACCUUGGGGUGUAUGAAGAUGAGGAUGAAUCUGACUUUGACGAGGCAGUGGCUGACCUUGACCUGGAACUUGAACCAGAAAUUCUGGGGGAAAAGCUGAUAGACAGUAUGCUCAGAAAAGGAAGUAAAUCUGCAACUUCCACUCGUAAAAGUCGAAUUGAAUCAGCCUUGUCCAAUAUAGAUGAGGCUGAGGAACUGUCACAGCCAUCUUGUGUUGAGGAUGGGGUGACGACUGUGGAUGUUGCCCAACAUGGAAGGCGGCCAGCCACUAGUGGAUGUGAAACCGAUGCCCCAUUGUCUCGUGCGAAGGUCAACACCCCGGCUAGUAUUAGUGCAUACACAGAUGUGACGGCGGAAAUCAGGAAUUUGGAGUCAAGAGACACAACAAGGAAUCUUGAGACACGAGAAGCUGUGUUCCGUCGCGCCCUGACGUUGAUGUCCAACCGCUGUACCAGCGUCACCCAGAAUCCAGCAGACGUCACAAUGCCGUCUGCUCUGAUCAGCGUGGAUGAACCUCCAUUCGGGGUCACUCAACCAGAGUAUUUCUACAUCCAUCAGCGGCGGCCUUCACCCAUGGCUCCCCUCAAGGCAUGGCGUGGUUACAAUGGCAAUGUGUACUUUGAGCCGAUCUCAAUUAAAUCAGUUUCAAAGGGGAAGGCCACUGACCCCAGUGAUGCAGUUCAAGCAGCUCAGCUGGCGAAGUAUGACCCUCGUCUCGGGGUCUCCAGUUACACACCCAGUGCCAGGCCUGCCUCGACACCACCCUCACGCUCCAACACAAGAGAGUCCAUACGUAGCUCGGUGACUCGACGACCCAUCACACAACGACAAAUGACUGUGUUCGAUCGUGGGCCGGGCACGCCCAACUUCAAUCCACGUCAACAAGAGAACCUGGCCUGGGUUGAAAAACAACAGGAGACCGGUAGCCUGGCGAUGAGGCCACCCAGCUCAUCGAGUCGGGAGGCAAAACUAGCAGCAUGCAACCGAGAAAAAAUUGUAAAAGGAUCAGUAGUGCAGAGGUUACGUGAACAAAAACAAGCCGGGCUGAGGAAACCUCAACUCACUGUGAAUGGUGACAAGUUUACACCAGCGCAUACCAUGUCCCCGCUGCUCCGUACACAGACUCAGUAUUCCCAUAGCAACCAGCGGAUGACGAUGAACAGCCCCGAUCCGCAUCACAGCGUGUACGAUCAUCUUCCUCCCCUGGACCAGAUCCGGGCCAGCUUACGUCACAUGGAACACGUGGACAGUAUGAGUGAGCCGUCCUACAACCGACUGUCACCGUACGGCAGAAAGGUCACCCUCACCGAUGAACUGAAACCUUUCAUCAAAUACAGCCCCGAUAUCCGUGCCAAGUACUUGAAACGGGUGCAGUAUCUCACAUGAACACCCCAGACCCGUGCUGUGAUUUGAAAUGAUACAUUCUUCCUUGAUGUAGAUGUGCUGACACGGAUCGGAUUUAGUCCAUGGAUCUAUUUAUCCUACGUCAUGAUCUUGUUAGAUCAUUUACUCAUAACAGUACCUCCAUUUGUGAAGAUCUGCGGACACCUCCAUCUGAGGCCAAGUCAGGUGUACGUUCUAAUCAGCCAAUCAGCAUCAUUGCUUCUGUAAAUUCUGUUUGAGGGAGCAAAAAAUACAGACCAGCACAUCCGAUUGCUGUAUCUUGAAACUGAAGGUGAAGGGCAAGUUACACAUGUGAAUAAUAAAGGUGCACCAUUUUAUUUUGUGGAUAUUUUGCGCACCGUGAUGUUGCUGAGCACCAUUGCAUCUUCACCCAUUGGGAGUACCAUCGAAGGAAUAUUUGUAUUCUCUGGGUUUUCUUUUGUUAUGAAAUGAAAAUUUAAUAAGCAAGAUUGCAAGAAAUAGUUUUAGAAAGAUGACAUCUGAUUGGCUCAAGAAUACAUGUAUCCUUCAUUUACCGUAGGUUGAGUGGUCAAAGUUCUCUCCGCUUUCACCUUAGCAACCUUUGGUGGUGUUUUCAGAUCUUCCUGUAGAGUGGUAUCAGAGAAGAUCAUUACAGAUCUUCAUGGUUAUAUUUCAGUGUUUUGAAACCAUGAUAACAUUUUGAUAUUUUUGUUGCCAUAAGUCUUUAAGUGCUUGAAUUUCAUCAUCCCUGAAUUGAGAACUGUAUAAAAUUUCACAGAACUCAUCACUGUUUGUGUUGACAUGUUGGUUUAUUAUCAUCAGAUCUUUCUUGGUGACAUCAGGGUGAUUUAGUAGCCAGACUGGCCAUGGCAAAAACCUUGGUUCGAUUCCCAGAUUGGGUACAGUGUGUGAAACCAGUUCUUGGUCCCCCUGCCAUGAUUCUGCUGAAAUGCUGCUAGUGACAUAAAACCCCACUGAACGUCCUCGCCAUCCUACAUUCCUCUCAACCCUUUUGUCUCUCCCCACUCCCCAAGGAAAGGUAAAUAAUUUUCAAAUUAGAUGUUCGGAUGAAUUCAUCAUCAUGAACACACCUAACAACUCUAUGAUCAAUUAAACAGAUUUCAUCUUAGUUCCUGCCCAGUGACGCUGAAUCCAACAAAUUAUUUGACUUGUACAGGCAAGGUUUAACUGAACAAUACCGGUCAUGUUAUUCUAACUUGUUUGGUGUAAUUUUACUUGUGGAUAACGUGGAGUGUCAAUGAUAUAACUAUACAAUGCUCAAAUAUUGCACAUGAAUGUCAUGGCGAAAACUGGUAGCAUGCAUCAUGUUCCUUCCACCUUCCUUGUGAUGUGUUAAUCAAUGUAUUGUCAAAUAGCAGAAGGAAGAUAUUAUGCAGGAAUGUUUUACUGAUUCAAGUGGUGCUUGACAUGAUCAGAACCAAUGCUUGAUGGAGGAUGUCUGCUCUCUGUAGUCAGAAGUUUGUUCUUUUCUGAGAUAGGUAAUGUUAAUAUCCAUAUGAUUUAAUCAAACUUUCAAUUUGAAAAUAAGGGGUAAGGAUGCAUUGAAUUGUAUAACAUCAUUAUUUCUAGAUUUUCCUUUUUUAGCGAAAGUGUAAUACUGUCCACAUUUAUGUAGCUGUAGUUUGUAAUGUGCAGAAACAUUCUUUUCAUGACAAUUAUGUAACUUUUUAUCAUCAAAACUUUAAGGAAUUGACUUUUGACUGAUUCUCAGCUGCACUAAUGGUUUUGUUAAAGGACUGAUUCAUAAUCUUAAUUCUGCAGUGAACACAAAUUCUCAAAAGCAGACAUCCUUAACGUUGCUAUGCCUUGUCGACUGAUCAGUUGCAGUGUGCCAGCAUCACAUCAUAUUUUGUAUAUUACCGAUGGAUGCCAUCGUAGUGUUCAGUUUACUGUACAUAGAUAUUUAUUAAAAAUAGAUUUCAUGAGAAUUAAAUAGUUGAUCACUUGUACUUUUUCUUCAUUUGGUUUAGACUAUAUCGUAAAUAUGCAUAUUUAUUACUUAGAAUACUCAGCUAAUCCAGAGACAGUUCUUGACACGGGAGUUAGUUGUACAGGGAGUAGUAUUCCAUCGUUGUGACAAUUUUCCUUGAAGAGCCAAUAGUCUUGAUACAUUUUUAAAACAAAUUAUUCUUAACUUUGUUUUUCUUUUUGCUAAGAAUUUGUAGACUGAUAUAUUAUGGGCAUUUGCACUGUACGGGAAAUAUUUGUAAAAGUAUUUUCGUGAAAGUAACAUCUAUUACUUUGAUACUGUCAGAAAAAAGAUGGAUUCUAUAUCACUUUAAGGGUUAGAACUUAACACCAGUUAGCUAGGCCAGGGCUAGUACAUAUUUCCCAACUGUUUUAAUAUUACAAGGGCAUUUUAUCUCUAUGCAGGCAAGUGAAGCUUUUGAGUUUAAUUCUAACCCUGACCUUAGACUUUCUGAUUGGUCAGUCAUGCUGUUUGACAGGUGCCAAUAGGGUAGCCUUAUGUCCUCAAUAUGUAGGGGUAGUAGGGUAGCCUAGUGGUAAGUGUUCAUUCACAGCAUUAAAGAGCCUAGUUUGAAACCUGAAAUAGGAACAUAUGAAGCCCAUUUCUGGUGUUCCCAGCAUAACAUAUCUAGAAGUAGAAUAUAUUCACUCAUAAUAUAUUCUAUCAUUAAUCAACACUGAAAUACUCCUCACUAGUCAGAAUUAAAUAGCAUAAAUAUUUCAUAAGUUAUUGUAUGUUUUUUUUAAAAUAAUUAGUAGCUUUUCCAUUAAUUAUCUGUCAGUAGCAGUUACUAAUGCCUUGGAGUUUGUUCAUUUUGAUAUUUUUCCUUUUACUUAGUCAAGAUCAAUAGUUGUGGAAUGCUUUGUACAAAUGAUAUGUUCUUUUGUUUUACGUUUAUAGAAUUAAUUAAGAUCUCUUCGAAUGGGCAAGGUCACAUUCAGAUGCAUGUUAAGAUUAUAUUUUUGAAUUUUGUCUGACCAUUUACUUUUGUGGUUUACAGAGUUUGCAAAUCAAAAUGUAUUCCGUCCAGGUAUGUCCUCAAUUAGUGAUGUUGACAUUUGUAUGAAGCACUUGUCUGUGAUAUUAUCUACAUGUUCUACGCUACUGUUGAAUAAAACAAGUCU